AUGUCAAUUUUCACUGGACUCGGUCGUAUAUUUGAGAGAAACUCGAUAUAUGUUGGUACUAUUUUAGCCGGAGCUUUUGCUUUCGAGGGAUUUUUUGACAGUGCUAUAAACAAAUGGUGGGAUGCUCAUAAUCAUGCCAAAUUGUGGUCCACUGUGAAACCUAAAUUUAUUGAAAAUGAUGAGGACGAAGAGGAUGAUGAAUAA